CAAAGAGAGGAGACCCUCAACGUCGACGACGACUCCGUCGCCACCACCACCUCUCCCCUCUCCUCCUCCUCCAUUGUUAGGGCUUCGUCGCUCCCAUCUCAAGGUUUGAUUCGGUAUGACGCAUAGGAGCAAUUGUUGGGAGUGUAUCUGAUGGAUUUGGUUCGCAAAAAUGGGUGACAAUAAUGGGCAUGCUAAUCCUGAGAAAAAGCAAACUCCCCGUCUGAAUGAGAGGAUCCUAUCAUCCCUUUCAAGGCGUUCAGUUGCUGCACAUCCUUGGCAUGACCUUGAAAUUGGUCCCGGUGCCCCUGCUGUAUUCAAUGUUGUUGUAGAGAUAACAAAAGGAAGUAAAGUCAAAUAUGAACUCGACAAGAAAACAGGAUUGAUUAAGGUCGAUCGUAUAUUGUACUCAUCAGUGGUUUAUCCUCAUAACUAUGGCUUCAUUCCACGGACUCUUUGUGAAGACAAUGACCCAAUUGAUGUCUUGGUCCUCAUGCAAGAACCAGUUCUUCCUGGUUGCUUCCUCCGGGCCAGAGCCAUUGGACUCAUGCCUAUGAUCGACCAGGGAGAGAAAGAUGACAAGAUUAUAGCAGUGUGUGCCGAUGAUCCCGAGUACCACCACUACAAUGAUCUUACCGAGCUCUCCCCUCAUCGCCUUCAAGAGAUCCGCCGCUUCUUCGAAGACUAUAAGAAGAAUGAGAACAAAGAGGUUGCAGUCAAUGAGUUCUUGCCUGCGGAUACUGCUCGAGAGGCAAUACAGCACUCCAUGGACCUCUAUGCUCAAUACAUCUUGCACACCUUGAGGCGGUAGAACUGCGGCCGCAUACAACCUUGCAUUCACAAUCAUCUUUCCUACUAUAUAUACAAUAUGAUUAAGCCGAUGCAAAGAGACAAUCCUGUCGAAUCCAUCGAUUGCCGAUUAAAUUUAUACAAAGGAAGAAAUUUAAGGAUUAAAUAGCAUAUUUAUAUGUUGUAUCGUAUUUUCCAAUGUCAUUUACGGAAUAACUACUACAUUAUAAGCUUCAUUUUGCUGCUUUUUUUUUUUUCCCCCUUUUUUUCCUUUUUUCUUGUUUUGCCGUGCUUUUCUGAGUUUUGUAUGGGAAAGAUGAGUUAUAAACAGCUUCUAUUCGGAGUUUUCUGGUGAUGCUCGUAUGAAAUCA